AUCAACAAUCAUCCUCUUACCUUAUCAAAAAUAAAUAAUCCUCCUCUUCAUUUUCAAUAGAACUACUCGUUUGUUUAACUUAGUUACCAAAAAAUACUACAAUGGCUGCUUCAACAAUGGCUCUCUCAUCUUCAUCAAUGGUUGGAAAGGCAAUCAAGCUUUCCCCUUCGACUCCAGACCUUGUGAUGGGAAGAAUCACCAUGAGGAAAACAACCACCAAGAAGACUGCUCCUUCUGGAAGCCAGUGGUACGGUCCAGACCGUGUCAAGUACUUGGGUCCAUUCUCUGGUGAAGCUCCAUCUUACCUCACGGGAGAAUUUCCUGGUGAUUAUGGUUGGGAUACUGCUGGGCUUUCUGCCGACCCAGAGACAUUUGCCAAAAACCGUGAACUCGAGGUCAUUCAUAGUAGAUGGGCUAUGUUGGGUGCCUUAGGAUGUGUCUUCCCAGAACUCUUGGCUCGCAAUGGUGUGAAAUUCGGUGAGGCUGUGUGGUUUAAGGCAGGAUCUCAAAUCUUUAGUGAGGGUGGACUUGACUACUUGGGUAACCCAAGCCUAGUCCAUGCACAAAGCAUCCUUGCUAUUUGGGCUGUCCAAGUUAUCUUAAUGGGAGCUGUUGAAGGUUACCGUAUUGCCGGUGGACCUCUUGGUGAGGUAGUCGACCCACUCUAUCCAGGUGGAAGCUUUGACCCAUUGGGCCUUGCUGAGGACCCCGAGGCUUUUGCAGAGUUAAAGGUUAAAGAACUCAAGAAUGGUAGGUUAGCGAUGUUCUCUAUGUUUGGAUUCUUUGUUCAAGCCAUCGUGACCGGAAAGGGACCUUUAGAAAACCUUGCUGACCACAUCGCUGACCCAGUUAACAACAACGCUUGGGCCUUCGCCACAAACUUUGUCCCCGGAAAGUGAACAAUGACUAUACAAUAACUAUCUAAAGUUACUAGCUGGUCUAUCAGAGUGCUUGUUUCUUAUUGUUAAUUAAUUUAGUGAAAUAUUUGGUGCAUUUGGAUCGUUGUUCAAGUUUUGUACAAAUUAAGAGAGUGAAAUAAAUAUUAUAUUCUGCAAAUUAAAUGCUUGUGAAUGA